AUGGCCUCUCUCGCACUGAUCCGCCGCCUCGAAGAGGCGUUUUUCGGCGCCUGGCCGGCCUUGGCCCAGGUAUUCGACGACGGCUGGGUGCUGCAAUUUGCCGACGGCUACACCAAGCGGGCGAACUCGAUCAACCCCACCUAUCCAGCCCUGGACGACGCCGAGGUCAAGAUUGACCGCGCCGAGGGCUGCGAUCUCAACCAGCGUCUAGAGGCGCGCGGCUAUCAGGCGACCAAUGUCGCCCGGGCGCUCUAUCUCUCCGCGCUCACGGCCGAAGCUCCUUCUUUGCCGGCGAGCGUCACUCUUAGGCUCGAUGCUAGCCCGCAUGACGGCUGGCUCGAAGCUUCUCUGGCCAUGACGCCGCUUGAUCCCAGCCGCGCGGCGACGCUCAGACGCAUGCUUGACGGGAUCGUGCCAGUGGCGUGCUUCGGCUGGCUCUCCGAGAAUGGCCAGCCGCUCGCCGCCGCCUUCGCGGUUGUACAGGGCCCUUUGAUGAGCACCUACCAUGCAGUGACGGUGCCGGCUGCCCGUCGGCGUGGGCUGAUGCGGGCGCUGCUGGGUCGGUUGAUCGCCUGGGCGAUGGAAGAGGGUGCGACGGCUGGGGGGCUGUUUGUAGUGGCCAACAACGAGGCGGCGGGAGCGCUCUACCAGAGACUGGGGUACGAGGAGCUCUAUCGCUACCACUAUCGUGUGGCGCCGGCCUAGUAAGCCCCUAUCCUGCACUGUCAAGGUAUAGCACAUGUCGAGCCAGGGUUAGCCCGUUGCCGACUCUGCUUCUUCCUCUGAGGGAACGUGCAUCAUUCGCCGCUCGGGCUCCGAGCCUAUACUAGAAUUGUAGCUAGACGCGGGAAUGCAAACUGCGAACGAUGGCUCCUCCAUAUGGAUUGUGGUUUGCG